AUGUCGCGUCUCCAUUGCAAACUCUGCCGCAGGCUUGCUUACCAGUUGAUCAAGAACAAUAUUCACACCCUAAUGUGGAGACACCCAGAACAAAUGGAGGUAUGUGUAACAACUGUUGAUUUAGCAUUAGAGCAUCCUCCAGUUUCUGCGGCGGCACCUCCUCCUUCAUACGAACCGCCUGUCGCCACCUAUGCAUCGCUUCAAUCAGGCGCCCCAGCUACGCCUCCAAGACAGACCACGCCCAUCAGGGAGGAGCCUCCGACGCCAAAGGCGGAGCCAAAGAGGUCUAGCAAUCCGCUCGACAUCGCCAACCUGACAGCCAAAGAUCCGCCCAACUCGAGGAAACGAACCGCCGAAGGCGGAGCGCCGAAGUUAUGGUCGCCCGUCGAUAGGAUCGCGGAGGCUGAGGAACCGCCCAGGAAAAGGAUGCUGCUCGCUGGCGAAAUAGACUACUCGUUGCCAAUAACGACGACAUACCUGAAAUACAUGAGAAGUUUGGGAUGCCGAGACGAGGACGCUUUCAGGUUCGACAACAAACACUAA